UACCGAAAGAUUAAAGAUUUAACUUUCAGGAAGAUGAAAUCCUCACCUGAGAGACACUGCGAUGUUUGACAUGAGACCGAGCUGAGACUAAGAAACAAGAAGCACCACAGCUUCUUACACAGAUUACCGGCGGAGCAAGAGGGUUGAUGUGCUGGCAUCUCAUUCUGGUCACCACGGCGAUGGCUUCACCAUGGAAACAGCGCUGCAUCCUCCUCCUCCUCUCCCUCCUUCUCCUCCACCUCCAGUCCUCCACCGGCAAGAAUCGACAACCGCCUAACAGUGUUUCUUUAUCAUCUUUCCAUGAUGAAGGGAUGGGGCAGAGUGAGAGGGGGGUGUGGACAGAGGAAGAUUUUUCACCUGAAGAUGAACCAACCGGACAAAUGCAGACUCCAGAUGUUCUUCGCAGAAAGUUGCUUCAGGCACCAGGAGCUGCACUUCCCUUUCCUCCCCUCAAGGUGUUAUCCAAUGGGGAGCCGUGCCUCCUGUUGCAGGCGAGGAAACUUUCUCUACGCUUUGAGAAGCAAAAGCAGCUGGACCUGACGGAGAGAACGUUUUCCCCUCUGAAAGCUGUCGACACCAGCAAGUCCAUCUGCAGCCUGGAUAAGGCCACGCUCGUUAUGAAGUUCGGAGAUGUGGAAGAUUUAAGAGAUCUGUCUAUCAGACUGCAGCUCUCCAACACUUUCUACGAGUCGUCAGGCCAGUGGUGGUUCUCAGUGGAUAGCGUCUCUCUACUCUACAACAAGUCUGAAGAAGCUGUGUUCAACGCCAGCGAGGUGUACGCUCCAGCCUCCUCCUCCUAUCACUGCCUCCAUGUCAGCAGCCUGCAGCGCCACAGCGCCCUCCUGCUGCCCGGCAACGACCACGCCCGCCGCUGGUCUGUCACCUUCACCAACUUCCAGAUUCAGGCGUUCAACGUCACCUCUGGUAAAUUUUCUCCUGCGAGCGACUGCGCCACCUUCCUGACGCCCGCCAUCCUGAUGGGCCUCAUCACUUCCCUCAUCCUGCUGCUGGUCCUGGCCUACGCCCUGCACAUGGUCAUCCACCUGAAACACAUCGAGCACGAAGACGAACACAAGUCACACGUCUACUUCCCUCAAAACUCUGAACCGCUGGAACACUGCUGUCUGGAGAACGUCCCAGAGAAAAAUAUUAUGUAGCGAAGAAACACAA